AUGGAGAAAAUUGAGAGGAACUUUAGUCAAGUUUUCGAAUUGAGGGAGUUCAUCGCACAAGGGACUUUUGCAAAAGUUUUCAAAUGCGUGGAACGAAAGACAGGCUGCGUCUUUGCAGUGAAAGAAUUCCAAGCCCAUGAUAACAAUUAUGAUAAGAAGCAAAUCGACAGUGAAGUUGAUAUAUGGAGAACGUUACAUCAUCAUAACAUUGUGUCAAUGCAUAAUCGUUUCUAUGAUGACAGCACUGUAUGGGUCGUUCUAGAAUUUGUUAAUGGAAAGACACUUUUUGAUGAAAUAUUAAACCAGAUCGACUUCACUGAAGAAGAAAGCAGACGAAUCGUUCAACAGGUAAGUAUCAGUGCAGGCUAGUGUCAGGUCGUAAGUAAUAUUUAUAUUUAUACUUAUUCAGCUUCCCCCCCCCCACCCUCACUGCACACAAAAAACAACAAACAAUAAUAGGAGUAAAUCAACACGACCCGGGAGCGUCCCUCCAAAAUAUAACUCCAUCAACAGAAAACAGGCUAUUAAUACAACAUACAAAGUUAGAGCGCGAGCAGCUAAAAGAUAACAUCGUGGUUUGCCUACUCCGCUGGAAGCUAAGAUCAAGGACCAGACAAAUUUUAAGCAAAAAGUACUUCAUAAAAGCAACUCCAUACGACGUCCACAUAGUAAUCCCUAUGUUUUUAUGAUGAAAGCAAUUUAUGGGUCGGUCUAGAAUUUGUUAAUGGAAAGACACUUUUUGAUAAAAUAUUAAACCAGAUCGACUUCAACGAAGAAGAAAGGAGACGAAUCGUUCAAAAGGUAAGUAUCAGUGCAGGGUAGUGUCAGGUCGUAAGUAAAAUUUAUAUUUAUAAUUAUUCAGCUUCCCCCCCCCCCCCUCGAAAAGCAAACAAAAAAUAAUAAUAAUAACAUACAUAUACAUGGCAGGGUCACCACAACAGAUAAACCAAUAGACUGCGAACAGUCUCUUAUUUUUCUUUGGAAAGUUAGAGCGAGAGCGGCUAUAUGAUAACAUCGUGGUUUGCAUAUUGCGCUGGAAGCUAAGAUCAAGGACUAGACGGAUUUUAAGAGAAAAGUACUACAUUAUAGCAAGUCCAUAGGACGUCGGCAUAGUAAUCCCUAAGGAGUCUCUUUAAUACAAAGGUGGUAAUUGUUGUCGUAAUAUUAUCUGUAUACUGCAUAAACGCAAGUAUGAACAUGAUUAAACAAUGGGGAAAGCUUGACCAUGAAACAAAAACCGGCGCUCGCGAGCUGAUGGGGAACGAUGAGACCUUUUCACCAGUUCCCCGCUGAAGAUACUCCGCUCGCAUCUGAGCUUUGUCGCAUUUUUUUGUGAGGAGCUGGUGACGACUAUACUACCAAACUGAAAUGCAUUUGGGUAAACCUUUUUAUGGUUGCAAAACUUAAGCAAAAAGACGGAAAUACAUUUCAUAGCAUUUAGUAAAAACAGCCUGACGUUUUACUUUUUUCAAGGUAAAUCAGUAGCUCACUUUUCUUGUAGGGAUAUUACAUAUUCAGCGAUCAGGUUCAAUGCGCUUUCAGCGUGAGUCAUUUGUUGCUUUUCUCCUUUCCUUGCAGUUGAUUUUUGCUGCGAGGCUUUCUCACGGGCUUAUUCCGCCCUUCAGACUUAAUUUUCGACGAAGUUCUUAUAAUUCUUAUCCGAUUACGCUUGGCAGACUAAAUCUGGCUUGAUGGUUUGAUUCCUCCUUAGACCUUCAAAUUUCUUCGUUCCGCUUCUCAAAUUGGGGACAUUGUAAACAUUCCCUCCCAGAGCGUUGUAGAAUUCCCCCUAUAUCUUUGCGUAAUAUUCAUUUGUUCAGGCUUUGAACUUUUUGAAACGGAUUGUAACCAUUUUAAUGUAAUUCAUCUUUCAGAUAAUUGAAGCACUCGACUACCUCCAUCGAAGGAAGAUUAUUCAUCGGGAUAUCAAAGCAGACAACAUUCUUAUACAAAACGCUAAUGGUAAAACCACCGUCAAGCUGACAGACUUCGGACUUGCGCGCCGCCUUCCUAAGGACUCUGACGCCAUCAAUUGUGAUUUAGAAGGCGCACCAUUGUAUCUUGCACCUGAAACAAUCCUAGCUGAUCCUAUUGGUACAGCGGUUGAUAUCUGGGCAUGCGGAGUGAUAAUGUUCUUGUUACUUGUGGGGUACCCACCGUUUUGGCAAAAUGAUAAUCAAAAGCUGAUGUCGCUGAUAGUAGAGGGACGCUAUAACAUGGCUGCGCGUUAUUGGGAUCAAGUAUCCGAUGACGCCACAGAUCUUGUUAAGAGAAUGCUUGUAGUUCACCCACACAAGCGAGUCACGGCUUUGAAAGCCCUAAAUCAUCCAUGGAUAUCAGACUUCGAUGAAUCCGAGAAAGACAAAAUAGAAUAUUGCACAAGGAAUUAA